CUCGCCCCUCGCCCGUGCGGUUCCCGGCUGGGAAACCCCCUAGUCGAGCGCUGAGGCAGGGGCCGCUGGAGCCGCCAUAGCGAGAAGCCGGGCCUCAGCGCGGCUGUGUGAGGAGCCCGAGCCGCACCGUCCGCCCGGCUGGGGUGUGAGGAGGAGGAGGAGGAGCAGCAGCAGCAGCAGCGCCCCCGCCGCCGGGGCCCAGAUCGAUCGCUGCGGGGCCCAGGCCGGAGCCGCCGCCAUGGAGUCCUGAGGCCUCCGGCAGCCCAGCCUGACAGCGCGGGGCCUGGCCAUGGCGGAGCGUGGCGGCCUGUGAGCGCUCGCCGGGCCCCGAGCGCGCGCGCAGCCCCCGCCCCCCCCCCCGAGCAGGCUGCCCGUCGGCCGGGCCCGAGCGGGCCUCAGCUCCCCCCGCAGGCCCCGCCCCGUCCCCGGCGCGGGACCCGUCUGCCCCCUCAGACCGCGGCCCCCGCGCGGAGCAGGCCCCGCCCCCGACCAUGUCCUGCGUCCAUUACAAGUUCUCCUCCAAGCUCAACUAUGACACGGUCACCUUCGACGGGCUCCACAUCUCCCUGUGCGACCUCAAGCGCCAGAUCAUGGGCCGCGAGAAGCUCAAGGCGGCCGACUGCGACCUGCAGAUCACCAACGCGCAGACCAAAGAAGAAUACACAGAUGAUAGUGCCCUGAUUCCUAAGAACUCAUCUGUAAUUGUUAGAAGAAUCCCUAUUGGAGGAGUUAAAUCUACAAGCAAAACAUAUGUCAUAAGUCGAACUGAACCAGUGAGUGGAACUUCAAAAGCAAUUGAUGACUCUUCUGCAUCUAUUUCUCUGGCCCAGCUUACAAAGACUGCCAAUCUGGCUGAAGCCAAUGCUUCCGAAGAAGAUAAAAUAAAAGCUAUGAUGUCACAGUCUGGCCAUGAAUAUGAUCCAAUCAAUUACAUGAAGAAACCUUUGGGUCCACCUCCACCAUCCUAUACGUGCUUUCGUUGUGGAAAACCUGGUCAUUACAUAAAGAAUUGCCCAACAAAUGGGGACAAAAAUUUUGAGUCUGUUCCCAGGAUUAAAAAGAGCACAGGAAUUCCCAGGAGUUUCAUGAUGGAAGUGAAAGAUCCCAAUACAAAGGGUGCUAUGCUUACAAACACAGGAAAAUAUGCAAUACCAACUAUUGAUGCGGAGGCUUAUGCUAUAGGGAAGAAGGAAAAGCCCCCUUUCCUCCCAGAGGAACCAUCCUCCUCCUCAGAAGAGGACGAUCCUAUUCCGGAUGAAUUGUUAUGUCUAAUCUGCAAAGAUAUAAUGAAUGAUGCAGUUGUCAUUCCCUGCUGUGGAAACAGUUAUUGUGAUGAAUGUAUCAGAACAUCACUACUGGAAUCAGAGGAACAUACCUGCCCAACUUGUCAUCAAACAGAUGUUUCCCCUGAUGCUUUAAUUGCCAACAAAUUCUUACGCCAGGCUGUAAACAACUUCAAAAAUGAAACUGGCUACACAAAAAGGCUCCGAAAGCAGAUACAACCACCAAGACAGACAGUUCAGCGGAACCUGCAACCUGCAGUAAGGCCUCCAGUUUCCAGACAACAGGAUCCUCUAAUGAUUCCAGUCACUUCUGCACCUUCUCUAACAUCGUCACUGACUCCUAGUCAAUCAUCUGUGACAACUACUUUGCCAGUAAAUCAGUCUUCUGCCACUGCACCUGCGGCUGAUAUCUCUGCAACAAUGUCCAUAUCUCUUCACUCUGAAAAACCAGAAGGACCUUUUCACGAUGCUGAUAGUGUUAUACCUCCUGCUGCUAUUGUGCCGGCCUCCGAACAUUCUAAAACUUCUUCCUCUCUAUCGAUUAGCACUGUGAUGGAAGAGAAGGGCUAUCAGGUUCCUGUACUAAGACAGCCAGCAUUACAAGGCCAGCUGACUUCACAAGGACAGUCAAUACCCACUACUGGUCAGCCAAUAAGAACCAAUACGGUUCGCUCUGCAGGCAAUAGGCCAGGCUGGGAACCAAGUUCAAAUCGAGGACGCCCGCAUAGUGAACGUACACAAAGGACUCAGGCCCCAACAUUACCAGCAUCAACACCUGUCUUUGUGACUGUGCCUCCUCCUCCCCUGUUUCCUCCACCUCCCCAUGCACUUCCUCUUCCACCGGGGGUACCUCCACCACAGUUUCCUCCUCAGUUUCCACCUGGUCAGCCUCCACCUGCUGGGUACAAUGUCCCCCCACCGGGAUACCCCCCAGCUCCUGCAAACAUAUCAACACCUUGGGUACCAACAGCAGUACCAACGGCUCAUUCAAAUACCAUCCCAACGACACAAGCACCUCCUUUAUCUAGGGAGGAAUUUUACAGAGAGCAGCGGAGACUUAAAGAGGAAGAAAAGAAAAAGUCCAAACUUGAUGAGUUUACAAAUGAUUUUGCUAAGGAAUUGAUGGAAUACAAGAAGAUUCAAAAGGAACGUAGACGCUCAUUUUCCAGGUCCAAGUCACCAUAUAGUGCUUCAUCUUACUCUAGAAGCUCAUAUACCUACUCUAAGUCAAGAUCAGGUUCAUCCCGCUCCCGUUCCUACUCUCGAUCCUUUAGUCGCUCACACUCUCGUUCAUACUCACGAUCACCUCCAUACCCUAGAAGAGGCAGGGGGAAGAGUCGUAACUAUCGUUCUAGGUCAAGGUCCCAUGGAUAUCAUCGUUCAAGAUCAAGGUCACCCCCAUAUAGAAGAUACCAUUCACGAUCAAGAUCUCCAGUUUUUAGAGGCCAAUCCCCCACUAAGCGGACUGUACCUCAAGGAGAGGGGGAGAGAGAAUAUUUUAACCGGUAUAGAGAAGUUCCACCAUAUGACAUGAAAGCAUACUAUGGCAGAUCUGUGGAUUUUAGGGAUCCAUUUGAAAAGGAAAGAUACAGAGAAUGGGAAAGGAACUAUCGAGAGUGGUAUGAAAAGUUUUACAAGGGCUAUGCUGCUGGAGCUCAGCCUAGACCUCCAGUGACUAGAGAGAACUUUUCUCCAGACCGAUUUGGUCCACCAGGAUCCAGGCGAGAGAAUUCCCCAUAUGCUCGGGGUCGUAGAGAGGAUUUUGCUAGUGGACAAAGCCAUAGAAGUCGCAAUAUAGGUAGCAAUUAUCCAGAAAAGACUUCAGGCCGAGAAGGCCACAACAUUAAAGAUCCUACAAAAUCAAAGGAAAAGGAAGCUGAAAAUCCAUCAGGAGAUGGCAAAGGAAAUAAACAUAAAAAGCAUAGAAAGAGAAGGAAAGGGGAAGAGAGUGAAGGCUUUCCCAAUGCUGAGUUGUUGGAAGGCUCACGAAAGCCCAGAGAGCCUGGUGGGGGGGACGAAAUUAAAACAGACUCGCUGUUCAUGCUCCCAAGUAGGGAUGAUGCUACACCUGUCAGAGAUGAGCCUAUGGAAGCAGAUUCUAUUGCUUUUAAACCAGUAUCUGAAAAGGAGAAAAAAGAGAAAGAUAAACCUAAAGUAAAAGUUGACAAGACAAAACGGAAAACAGAAGGAACUGCCACUACCAAGAAAGACAGUUUAGUAAAACCAUCUAAAGCACCCCAAGAAAAAGCAGAGGCUGAUCGUGAAAAGUCUCCUCGAACUGAGCCUCCUGUGAAAAAAGCAAAGGAGGAGUUACCAAAGACAGACAGUACUAAAUCGACUUCAUCUCAAAAGGAUGAGAAGGCGCUAGGCACACCACGGAAAGUUAACCCAAAAGUGACAAAAGAGCAUCCAGAAACCAGACCAGCCAAGGACGAAAAAGCAAAGAAAGAGCAUCCAAAAGAAUCCAAGCCAGAAAAGCCAUCAAGCAAGGAAGAGAAGUCAAAAAAACCGAUGGAAAAAAGCAAACCUACUGAUACAAAACCUGAAAAAAGAAAAAGAAAGGCAGAGGAAAAGGUAGAAAAGGAACAUGAAACCACUUCAUUAAAAACCUCUAAAGCAGAAGUUGCUGAAGUGAAACCAUCACCAAAGGGAAAAACUGAGCCUGAUGAUGAAAGAGCAGAGAGAUCCCCUGAAAAGGACAAAGGUGCUUCUCUGAUUGCCCCAGCAAAAAAGAUUAAACUAAACCGAGAAACGGGCAAAAAGAUUGUAAGUGGGGAAAAUGUACCUCCUACAAAAGAACCUGCCGAGAAACCUGAGCCACCCAGUAGCAAAGUUAAACAAGAAAAAGUGAAAGGAAAAAUGAGAAGAAAAGUAACAGCAGCUGAUGGAUCCAGUUCAACUCUUGUAGAUUACACCAGCACUAGCUCUACUGGAGGCAGCCCUGUUAGAAAGUCAGAAGAAAAGCCAGACGCAAAACGAACGGUCAUUAAGACAAUGGAAGAGUAUAAUAAUGAUAUAACAGCCCCUGCUGAAGAUGUCAUUAUUAUGAUUCAGGUUCCUCAGUCAAAGUGGGAUAAAGAUGACUUUGAGUCUGAAGAGGAAGACGUUAAAUCUACACAAACACCUUCAAAUGUAGGAAAACCUGCUAGUGUUGUAAAAAAUGUCAGUGCUAAGCCCACAAACCCUGUGAAACACAAUGAAAAAGAAAAUGAGCCUUUGGAAAAAACACAGAAAACUGCAAAAGAAGCAAAUUAUGAAAGCUCCCAGCAUGAAGCAAAAAGUUCAAAAAGUUCUGUGUCAAAUGAAAAAGGGAAAACCAAAGAGCGGGAUCAUUCUGUGUCAGACAAGGACACUUCUGAGAGAAGGAAGAGCAAUGUUCAACCAGAAAAAGGCCACUCAGAACGUGGGACUGAACAAGGAAACCUAAAAAACCUUUCUCAAUCUUCCAAAGACAGCAGAUCUUCAGAUAAACAUGAUAUUGGGCGUGGCUCUUCCACUAGAGAUUUUACUCCUAACAGGGACAAAAAAUCUGACCAUGAUAGCAGCAGGGAUCAUUCUAGUUUCAAGCGUAGAGAUGAAAAGAAUGAGUUAACAAGGAGAAAAGACUCCCCUUCUCGAAAUAGAGAGUCUGCAUCAGGCCAGAAGAGUAAACCAAGAGAAGAACGUACAGAAUUGUCCAAAAAGGGAACCGUAGAGUCCAAAAGGAGCAGCUAUAGUCCUCAGAGGGACAGAAGACAGCAUGAUCACAAAACAGCAUAUGAGUCCAAACGUUCAUCUGACGAACACAAAUCUCUAGAUAGAAGUUCGGGUAAAGAGAGAGAGAAACACAUAACGGAAACAAAGAGCAAUAAAGACAGAGACACAAGUGGCAAUAAAUCAUCUUACAAACAUGGAUCACCGGAUGCAAAAAAUGAGAGAGAACAUGCUACUGGGCAAAGUGACAAGAGCACCAUCAAACCUAAGCCUCCGUUAAGCCACUCCUCUCGACUCUCUUCUGACUUAACUAGAGAAACUGAUGAGGCUGCAUUUGUACCAGACUACAAUGAAAGUGACAGCGAGAGUAAUGUGUCGACAAAAGAUGAAGACUCUAUAGGAAGAAAUACUAGAGAACUGAAAGAAAAGGCAGUGGAUAAAACGAAAGAGACUGCAGUUAAAGCAACGCUUGGCCAACCUGGCGUAAGUAGAAACCAGAGUCAAAGUAGUCCCAGUGUUAGCCGCAGUCGUAGUCAGAGCCCUUCUGAAAGUCAGACUCGGAGCCACAGCAGCAGCGCAAGCUCAGCAGAGAGUCAGGACAGCAAGAAAAAGAAAAAGAAAAAAGACAAAAAGAAACAUAAGAAGCAUAAAAAACACAAGAAACAUAAGAAACACACUGGAAAUGAAUCUGAAUUGGAGAAAAGCCAAAAACACAAACACAAGAAGAAAAAAUCCAAGAAGAGCAAAGAUAAAGAAAAGGAGAAAGAGAAAGAUGACCAAAAAGUGAAAUCUGUCGCUGUAUAAAAUGACAGAUAAGAAAAAUUGACUUAAUUAUUAAGUCAUCUGUAUUAAAUUUUGUUAUAAUGUAAACAAAUUCAAGCUUUGUAAAUAAUGACAUGAAAGACCCUGUGCUGCACUUAAAAUACUGCUGCUUGAUUAUUUGAUUUUUACAUCAGAGCUUUAUAAAGUGAACAUUUUGUACAGAAUUGUGAGUUGUGACCAUGUAACAUGAAAGGUUUUGCUAAGGCAUCUUAUUUUUAACCACCGUUAAUUAGUUUGGGUGGAGUUUACUGUACUGUGAAAAUUUUCACAUUUGAAUUUUUUUUAAUUGCCUGGCAGAAAAAGCUGAUAUCCGUUCUGAAAUAUCAGCAGAAUGAUUUGCAGAAUACGUUACAGCCCUGUUAUGUCACUUUUUGAUUACAAUAAAAAGUUUUCAGUAAACUUUAUUCAAUGUGAUGGAAUUUGCAAUAGUAGCUGAACAUAAACAGGGUAUGGAUAAGAACAGCAGCAGACAAAAAUGACAAAUAAAAGCUUUUAGGCAGCCGAAAUGUACUGAACAUAACAGUUCUAACCUUUUUUUUAAAAAAAAAAAAAAAAACAGUAGAACAUGAGGAAAGUUUUGAGCUGAGCUAAUAAGGGUGGUGUUGCAAAAAAGCUUUUUUUAUGUGCCAGGUUAUGCCAACUAGAUGUUUUUAUAUUUAAAAAGGUAUAUUACCUGAAUAAAUAGCCACUCUACGUAGCCGGUACUGACUCUUAAAAAUGUCAUAUAUAUGAAGCUGUCACAUGUCAACAUUGUUCCAAUUUAUGUUAAAGAGCCAUUGCCACACUCUGGCAAAUGUUUACAAAUGUAUUUUGGGAAACAUGUCCUAUAUUCUGUAUUUCCUUUUGUAUCAUUGCUGAUCACCAAGAUAUUUGUGUCUUCAGAAUAGAAGCUUUUGCUUUAUAAUGGGCUGUUUUAUACUGUGAUGACACAGUUCCUUGUAUAUCAUCAUGGAAGUGACUUAUCGCUACCAUUGAAUUUUGGGGUUCGUGAAUAAGUUUGUCAAGAGGAAGAAGCCAAUUAGAAAGGCAAGUUUUUUAUAUAAACAUUUCUGAAUGGUGAGAGGAAAUGCAGAAAAAGUGUAAAAGUAAUGAUUUUGAUAAUGUAAAGACCUAUAGCGUCACUUUCUUUUAUUAAAGUGACAGCAGUGUUGUUCAACAGUUGGAAAGUUAACAUGGUGAGAAGUAAUUUUCACUGUGAAUUAAGAGCCAAAUCCUGAUAACCAGUUGAAGCUGGUGGCAAAACUCCUUGACUUCAGUGGCUCUGGGAUUUGAUCUAAACUGAGUUUUGUUUGAAACUAUUUAAAUUAAAAGUGGCAUUUCAGGGCUU